AUGGCAAUCCCACAGGCAAAAAUACCGGGAUUAUUUGAUAUGCCUAUUGAUUCCACGUACAAGCUACCCGGUUUGGAGAAAAGCACAUCAAAUGGGGGACUUACCAUACCGCCCAAUCGUGAAAAAAGUAUCAGAGAGCAAGGACCCAGACCAUCGACAGUCCCAAACCAGUCAGGGUUGUCGGAAGGAGGCGGGGCAGUCCUCGAACAGAACCAGAGCACUCCAAUACGCAUAAACUCUAAGUAUCAAGAAGAAGACAUUUCCAGAGUGGCAUUGUCUUCCACCAGCACGUCUACUAUAGCAGAUUCUUUGCAUACUGAUACGAAAGACGGAAGGGCGAAAGAACCUAUUCUCGGAGAUAACAAGGAGUCAGGUACCAAAACAACCACGCAGCAUCUAAACGGUGCUUGUGAACUCGACGGCAUCCCAGAUGAAAAGAGUGGUGAUGAGCUAAACAGCGAGCCCAACAGUUCCCCUGGUGAUAGCUGGUAUUACCAACAGACUACAAUGAAAGUGAAUGAUCCCGAAAUCGCAUCCAAACCUAGCUUGCCAGUUCACAGGGUGGAAGAAGGUCAGAACGCCUCCAAGCAGAAACGGUCAUUUAUUUCUUUCAACUGGAACAUAAAUUCUAACGGUGGUAUUUGUACGUCACAAAGCGCAUGA